UCGCAGAGCGCCCCCUAGUGUUACUGAAACACCACUACAGGCCAAAGCGACGUGUUCGGUGCCAUAACACCGCUGGUCUGGGCAGGAGACGGAUACCUCCUCGGCCUCCACACUUAGAUGUCUAACCUGCAUAAACAAAUCGUCCCCUGUCCCUCGGAGAAGACUGAGAUCAUCACAGGACGCCGGGGGGACAAUCAGUGAUGGCCUCGGUGAAGAAAGAUGACAGACUGACGAGUUCCCAGAGCUUCAUGUGCGUCGGUUUCGCCGGGAUCUUCAGCAAAACCGUGACGUCGCCCUUGGAGGUGGUUAAAAUAAAGAGUCAGGUGGGAACUUUCCACUGUAAGAGGGGCUUCUGGCAAAGCUUCCUCCUCAUCUACGAGAAUGAGGGACUUCGAGGGUUUUGGAAAGGAAACAUCGCCUCCUGUCUGCGGUUGUUCCCCUACACCGCAGUUCAUCUCACAACAUACAAAAAGAUAGUCCACCUCCACAUGGAUGAACUGGGCUUCAUCUCUCAGUGGAGAGCCAUAUUCGCCGGUGGCCUGGCUGGUUUUGCUGCUGCCAUGACGACGUACCCUCUGGAGGUGGCAGAAACCAGGCUCAUCAUUCAGAACUGCAGACAGCCCACCUACAUCGGCGUGGUUCACACUCUCUCAAAGAUCUACAGGAACGAAGGGCUGCCUGCUCUCUACAGGGGCUUUUCUCUCACUCUGUUGGGUGCGUUUCCCUUUUCUAUCGGUUGCUAUGCAGUCUACAUGAACUUGGACAAACUCUGGCAGGAGCCUCCUUUUCGCUUCACUCCUCUCCAGAACUUCAUUAACGGCUGUCUCGCAGCGGGAGUGGCCCAAACCCUCUCCUACCCUUUUGAAACUGUAAAGCGAAAGAUGCAGGCGCAGAGUGCCCGUCUUCCCCAUUUUGGUGGAGUCGACGUCCAUUUCCGUGGAAUGAUUGACUGUUUCGUACAGGUUGUAAAAAGCAAGGGCAUCCUCUCACUGUGGAAUGGCCUCACUGCCAACACAAUAAAGAUUGUUCCCUCCUUCGGCCUUCUCUUCACCUGCUUCGAGAUGUGUAAGCAGGUCUGCCUUUACCGCAACGGCUACAUCGUCUCACCGCUGAGCUACAAACUUGCGCCGGGCGUCGACCAGAGCCUCGGGCCGCAAGAGCUGCAGGAGGCACAGCGCUACUUGAAGAACAGGAGCUUUGGGUCGGGGGAGUCCUCUCUUGGAAACCGCUGGUGAACCUGCACAUGAGGAGAUGUCUGACUGAUGACCACACUUGAACAGCAUAAAAUGAAAUACUUCAGAGGCUUAUUUCUGUAAUGAUUACAUAACAUUUCUGUCUUCAUGUCUUCAUAGAAGGUGCUAACAUGCAUUUACAUUAUGUCCAGUCAGCAACAAUCUACCUCUGUCAGAAACUUUGUUAUUUUAUCUGACAGUAUUAUAUGUUUAUCAAUUGUUCAUUCACCCUUCAUGUCUCUCAAUGGCUGUUUUUAACCAAAUAUUAUGUUCCUUGUGCAUUAGCUAUUUAUUUUGGGGACUUAUUUCCGUUAUUGACAUCAUAUAGUGCCAUACUUUAGUUUAUCCAAAUGGGUUGCUGAAGCUCUCUAACUCUUUAUGUGCGAUAGAUUAUAUUUUUAAUGUGCAAUGAUUGUAAAAAUGUUAAUGCUUCAUAGGUUUGAGUAGGUUACGAUCAAUCAUGUAAAUGUGCUAACAUGAAUUGUGAUGGAAGAAAUGGGUUUAAAACAUUAAAAUGUCUCACCUUUACAUUUGAA